AUGAAGUCGAAACGACCCGUGGUGGGUAAGCGUGGGAAACAGAGUAGGAAUGCGGCAGGAAAUGGGGAUUACCUGCAAAAUCACAUAAGUGAGGAGAAACUAGAGCCUGCUUAUGUUGAGCUCGAGAAAUGGCGUACCAAUCGAAUGAAUUACCUGAAGUCUCGAGUAAGCCAUAUUCAUCUCAAGUCACCAUCACCUACAAAUAUUGGAGAAUCGACCGAUGAAAGAAACAAAGAUGGGUCCCCAACAACUUCCGAAACCGUGAUAGCUUCUCAGUCUCCAUUACAGAUGGCUCAAGUAAUGAGAGCAAAAACUCCCUUAAAUAAUCGGAAGCAACUGGUACAAAGAAAUGCAUCGAAAUUGCUAUCCAAAUCGAAUAGCUGUAUGCCAUCAUCGGGAAACAAUAAUGUUAUGUUGAAUGGAACAGAUACUGUUGUUCCAGAAAUUAUUAGGAAAACGAAGCGAAAAGUACCGUCACGGCAUUUGGAUUUUAUAUCAGAUAGUGUAAAUGAAAGGAAUACAGAUAGCAAACAUAUUACGAUCACCAGAUGUUUAAAACAAUCACAUAAAUCUUUGGAUAAGCAAGCAUAUCGAUGCAGCAGUUGCCCAUCUUUUUUCACAACACGUCGUGGAAUGGCCAAUCACUGUAAACUUCAUGGAGCCAACAAAAGAUUUAAGUGUGCUUCAUGCGAUUUUGGUUGCGAUAACUACAAAACACUUCAAAUGCAUAAGGCGUUUCACACGGCAGCGAGCAAGGAAACAUCCGAAAACGAAAACAUAGCUUCGACCCACCUUGCUCUGGUAAUUGAUAGUUGUGCUGACAAUGAAAAUGUUAAAAGGGGAACGAAGGGUAUAGAUGAGAAGACAGGUUCAGUUAUUACAUCUAAUCGCGGAUUCGCUUGCAUUGAAUGUCCGUUCAUAUCGCGUGACCAGAAUCGAUUACAGAAACAUCUCGUUGGACAUCGCCGAACGAAUGGAUUCAAAUGUUCGCUAUGCACUUAUAUGAGUACAUCAGCUGGAUUCCUGAAGCGUCACUGCGAACUGCAUAAGCCACAAAUAUAUCAGUGGCCACCUGUUUACAUUGGCAAGCGUCCUUCACUUGCUACACCUGCUGCGAGGAAUACACCAGAUCCUGUAGCGUCUGAAGGAUACGAAGAGCAGCAAAAAACUUCGAGAAGUUUGAUUGUAUCACCUUUGACAACUCCUUUUGUUAGCGAGAAGCAACCUAUAAUAACUGACCAUUCUGAUCACCAACCUCUAAUACAUCGUUCGAGGCGAAAGUAUUUAUGCGGCUUUUGUCGUCGUCAUUUCAAGAGUUAUACCCUUCGUCUCUUACAUUGCAUUAUCAGACACUCGCAGAAUAUUGCAAAGGAAAAAUAUAAAUCAUUACUGAGGGAACGAUUGAACAUGUGCUACGGUGCUGGUGAUACAACAGAAGAAACAACAGAUAACUAUAGUGUACCAACACGAUCUGUUCAUCACUGUUCUCACUGUCCCUUUACUUGCAAGCAAAAAUCUCGUUUGCUGCGGCAUGAAAAUAAGCAUAUUGUAAAAGCCGAACAUGAAUGUAAAUACUGUACGUUCUCAUGCCGUUCAACAGUUGUACUGGUGCAACAUCUACGACUUCACCAGCCGAUCCCUAGGCUUCUUCAAAUGCCUGGGCGCCCAAAAGAUCUGCACUCUGAGAAAGCUUCGACCUCUGCCUUUAAAGUGGAGAAGUGCAGUGAAUGUCCCUAUACAAGCCGACAUAUUUGCGACUUGCGAACUCAUGCACAGAUGCAUAUCGGGAAACGAGAAUUUGCAUGCGGGCAGUGUACAUAUAGUACAAAGCGAUCUCACGUUCUCGAUGCACACUUACAACUUCAUAUGGCUGAAAGAAAAGGCAUCACUUCCGUUUCCAAUAAGAUGCGGAAAGGAGAUGACUUCAGAAAUCAUUCUAUUUUACGGCGCAAUGGCAAAAUUGUAGGAGAACGAAGUGGUCAUCAAUUUUCAAACGUGUAUAUUUGUCGUUGGUGUCCCUAUAGAACACGAAUAUGUGCCACACUUUUUAUCCAUCACAGGAAUCAUUUAUGGAAUGGUCGAUUACGCUGCGAAAAGUGUACGUUCAGUACUUGUUACGAAAGGAAGUUACGCGACCACGAGAAGUUACAUUUACCGACUGAACCAUUCUCCAGUACUCCAUCAAGCAAACCUUCUACUGUUAACAACAAAUCCGCUAAGCUUCCAAAUGGCGAAUAUUCUUGCCAGGAGUGCCCAUUUACGUGUAGUGGUUAUGGGAAAUUUUGGCACCAUAAGCAAAAGCAUCAGAAGCCAUCACGCUAUCAGUGUGAUUUAUGUAGCUAUAGCGUCGGUUCAAAUUUCUGUUUGAUUAAGCAUCGCCAAUGCCACAAGAAUCACAAUAAUCUGGAAAAUUGUGAUGCGAAAAUCGAAAAAUUCAUAGUUGUGAAAAAUUGUUAUUCGGAAGAAAUUAAUGCUAAUGGAAUGAAUGUAGCGGAAACAGAAGUGAAGGAGGAACAGAAAGGUUGCAUAAUAAAUUCGACUGAUGAACUCUUGCUCAGUUGUCCAAAGGAUGCAAAAACAUAUCAGUUCAGUUUGAGUCGUAUUGCCUUGAAACUACCAAAUUUUAAAGUGUCGAAUGAUGCAGAAUCAUUGCCUAAGACAUUUCGCUGCAAAGAGUGUCCUUAUUUUGGAACUGAUGAAGUGCUUUUCAAGUAUCAUGAAGGAAUGCAUGUCGGACAUCGUCAGUAUAGUUGCAAUUUAUGUACAUACAGCUCUCUUUGUCCCAUUUCUUUACAUAGGCAUUUGAACCUACAUUUUCCUUCAUUGUCAUCUCGUUCGGCUGCAAAAAAUAGGAAGCGAUUACUAAGACAUCGUUAUCAUCAGAGCCCUGAAACCAUCCCUUCAGAUGUUAAAGUUCAUCAGUGCACUAUAUGUUCGUACAAAACUGCCUACGAGGAUCGCUUUGAGCAGCAUCGUCUUGAUCAUGCUCUGCACAUACAACAGCGGUUGACAACGUCCAUCAAGCGAACAGCACAAAAUACUUUUGAACCAUUUGUGAGGCCGAAAAUUCGUCGACCGGAUAAACGCUCAGACAGACAGUUCACCUGUAGCAGAUGCUCUUUCCGAUGCGAUACAAUCAUAGCAUACAAUACUCACUUUGAAAAACACGUGGUAAAAUCGUUCUUCACAUGCAAACUUUGUGAUUAUUCAUCAGAAACUAAAAAUGUUGUUGAUUUUCACGUUGCUACGCAUCACUUGGAUGUACCAAUAUCGUUCUUUUACAAAAAAGCUAUCACGAAUCGCAAUGAAUCGCAGAUCAAGUUGAAAGAUGAUGUGGGCUGCAAGAAAUAUCCCCGGCAAGAGUUGAGUUGUUGUCGAUGUAAUUACCGUACGUUUGUGGUGGUCGAAUUUACACAUCACUGGGAACGAAUGCACUGUGAUCGGGCUCAAAAGGGUGAUCGACGGAUUGCCGAGGAACUCCGUAUGGAUAUGGUGCACUCAAGCUGGAUUAGAACUGUUGAUAAUUAG